AUGGUGUGGGCGGGAGGAGGUGUGGGGUGUGGGGGGGAUAGGAGAGGGUGCGUUUUGAUAUCGUACCGACCGGAGCGACUGUGGGGCUGCACCCAGGUGUUGGGGUCCACAGGUACCUCAGGGAAGGCGCUUGACCCGUCUGGUAUCUUCGGUGCCUGUUACUCUUACCAGGAACCACGCAGGCCGACCAGGAUGAGAUGUUCUCGGCCCCGCAGCACAGAGGUGGCCCUGUCUGUAGCUCUGAGCAUCGUCACCCUCUUCUUCUUCAGUCUGUACAUGUCAUCGCCCGCCUUCCAGAGCCUGAAGGAGCCCCAGGACAACCCCGUGGCCCUGACCUGGCCCUCUCUACCCUCUCGGCCCGCCCCGCGCCCCCCGCCCGCCCCCUGCAGGGCCAACGCCUCCAUGGCCACCCUGCCCAACUUCGAGGGGCAGCCACAGCAGGUGCGUGACUUCCUGCUGUACAGGCACUGCCGUGACUUCCCGCUGCUGCAGGACGUGCCCCUGGGCAAGUGCGCGCCGCCCAUCUUCCUGCUGCUGGUGAUCAAAUCCUCGCCCAGGAAUUACGAGCGGCGGGAGCUGGUGCGGCGCACUUGGGGCCGCGAGCGCCAGGUGCGGGGCGUCCAGCUGCGCCGCCUCUUCCUGGUGGGGACGGCCCCUAACCCCCUGGAGGCUCGCAAGGUCAACCGGCUGCUGGCGCUGGAGGCACAGGCGCACGGCGACAUCCUGCAGUGGGACUUCCAUGACUCCUUCUUCAACCUCACGCUCAAACAGGUGCUCUUCCUACAGUGGCAGGAGACUCGGUGCGCCAAUGCCAGCUUCGUGCUCAAUGGGGACGAUGACGUCUUCGCACACACAGACAACAUGGUCUCCUACCUGCAGGACCAUAAUCCCGACCGCCACCUCUUUGUGGGGCAACUGAUCCACGGUGUGGGCCCCAUCCGGGUUCCCUGGAGCAAGUACUAUGUGCCAACAGUGGUGACACAGGAGGAGCGGUACCCUCCCUACUGUGGGGGGGGUGGCUUCCUGCUGUCCCGCUUCACGGCCACUGCCCUGCGCCGGGCCGCCUCCACACUGGACCUCUUCCCUAUCGAUGAUGUCUUCCUGGGCAUGUGCCUGAAGCAGGAAGGUCUGAAGCCCGCCUCACACGGCGGUAUCCGCACAGCUGGCAUUGGGGCUCCCUCGGCCCGCAUAUCCUCCUUUGACCCCUGCUUCUACCGGGAGCUGCUCCUGGUCCAUCGCUUCCUGCCAUACGAGAUGCUACUCAUGUGGGACGCCCUGAGCCGACCCAACCUCACCUGUGGCCAGCAGAUGCAGGUCUACUGAGGGCGUAUCAGGGCCCGCAGCCUCUAGGCUCUGGUCUCCACCCCCCCCCCCCCCCCCCACUGGAAGGGGCUGCAUCUUCCUCCCGGAAAGCAGGAAGCUCUGUUCUCCCAAGUGGGCC